GCAUUACCCUUUUCUUUAUUUCCUGUGGGUGAAGAUGGCGGCCGGAGACCUUCAGCGCUGUUUAUUACGCCUUUAUUCGGCGAAAUACAGAAUCAGGACGAACGGUCAGGUUAAUGUGAUCAGAGGGCUAUCAGCAUCCAGUCACAGAAAUCGAGAGGAGAGCUGGUUUAAAUCUCUGUUUGUGCGUAAAGUGGACCCAAGAAAAGACGCUCACUCUCACCUGCUGGCAAAGAAGGAAGAAAGCAACCUUUAUAAAAUUCAAUUUCACAAUGUGAAGCCUGAAUGUCUGGAUGCUUAUAACAAACUUUGUGAGGAUGUGUUGCCUUCGAUCCAUGCGGAUAAAUACUACCCCUGUGAGCUGGUGGGAACAUGGAACACCUGGUAUGGAGAACAAGACCAGGCUGUCCAUCUGUGGAGGUAUAGAGGAGGCUAUCCAGCCCUGACUGAAGUCAUGAAUAAGCUGAAAAACAAUAAGGAAUUUUUGGAGUACAGAAAGGAACGAGGGAAGAUGCUGCUCUCUCGCCGCAAUCAGCUGUUGCUGGAGUUUAGUUUCUGGAAUGAACCAGUUCCACGUGAUGGACCAAAUAUCUAUGAACUUCGAUCGUACCAAUUAAGACCAGGAACCAUGAUCGAAUGGGGGAAUUACUGGGCUCGAGCCAUUCGCUAUCGGCAGCAUAACCGUGAGGCCGUCGGUGGAUUUUUCUCUCAGAUAGGAAGUCUUUACAUGGUCCAUCAUCUAUGGGCGUACAAAGACCUGCAGUCCAGAGAGGACACUCGCAAUGCAGUAUGGCAACAUGAGGGCUGGAAUGAAGUGGUCUAUUACACAGUUCCCCUGAUUCAGCACAUGGAGUCCAGGGUGAUGAUUCCGAUGAAGGCGUCACCCCUGAAGUAACACUUUCGAUCGUCGAUGCUGAAUACGGCUCACAGCCGUGUGUUUUAAUCCGUUUCACUAUUCUUUCUGGUCAUUAAAAAAGUACUCCAAAUCUGCACCAGCAAGAAAGUUGAAAAUUAUAAAUGGAUUGAAAGAAACACGUCCAGAUAUGAACUUUGAUCUCCUUGAGGGGGAAGAUGAGUUGAUUUAUGAUGUCACAAAAAAGUACAUCUUAACAUCCUGAUAAGCAAUGUGUCUUUACACGCAUUAAAUCUUAGCAUUGUGGCCCAAGUCAGUAGAAUAUAUACAUGCAUUUAAAAAGAAUUCAAGGUUGAUUGAAAUUCAAGCUUGAAAUGUUCUAUUAUUAACACAUUAUUCACAGUGGUGCUGCAUUUGCUUAUUUGUAUUGUUUUCAGUCAGCUCUAUACAAAGGUCUGUUCGUUUUUCCUUUACUGCUAAAUGCUAAGUGGUGACUCAAAUCUACACAGUACUGUAAAUGCACUUUAAAUGUGCUAGAUGGUAAAAAUGUAAUAUAUAAACAUAAACUUUUUAUUCAGGGAUCAGUAGAUGUAUAAACAGAAACUGAAGAUGUAUACUUCAGUUACUUCAGUUUAUACUGAAGAUGUAUAAACAGAAACACUCCAUCUCUGUAUCUGAACUCAUUCCUGUUUUGUGGGGUUUGGAGAACAUCCUUGUACUGUAUGGCAUGUAUAAUAUAAACCUGCAUGCAGAGUUUUAACUUGUUUUUUUGGUCUUAUUGCACCGUUAUAAAUGUUACGGUUGUUAUUUAUUUAUAUUUUGCAGACUACUGUGAACUGGAUAUUGAGCUCAGACCUCAAUGGCUUUUUUUUUUUCAGUUGCGAUUUAUUAAAUUGUACCAUCUGUCAAUAUGUACAAGAAGUGAUCCUGUACAAUAAAGUGUUCCCUAAUUUA